AUGUCUCACGGGACAUGCCCUUCUGUAAAGAACAUCCUUCUGUUGGAUUCUGAUGGGAAACGCGUUGCUGUCAAAUACUUCUCUGAAGACUGGCCAACGAAUAGUGCCAAGGAAAACUUUGAGAAAGUUGUGUUCACCAAGACUCAGAAGACCAAUGCUCGUACAGAAGCGGAAAUAGCAAUGUUUGAGAAUAACAUUGUUGUUUACAAGUUUGUCCAAGAUCUUCACUUCUUUGUUACUGGUGGUGAUUAUGAAAACGAGCUUAUCUUAGCCACGGUUCUUCAGGCAUUUUUUGAUUCUGUGGGGCUCCUGCUCAGAGGCAAUGUGGACAAGAAGGAAGCACUUGAGAACUUGGAUCUCAUUCUAUUGUGCAUUGAUGAAAUUGUUGAUGGCGGUAUUAUUCUUGAAACUGAUCCAAAUGUUAUAGCUGGGAAAGUUGCGAGCAAUAGUAUAGAUUCUGGUGCUCCUUUGUCUGAACAGACACUAAGUCAAGCAUUGGCCACAGCCAGAGAACAUCUUGCAAGGUCGCUUCUCAAAUGA